AUGGCCACGGCAAAACCUGGAGUCUCCCUGGCAGAUUGGGUGUGUCUGAUUGAGAACGAGUCUGGCUACAACACCCGAGCCACGAACAAAAACAAGGAUGGCUCCACAGACUACGGCCUUUUCCAGAUCAACAGUAAAUACUGGUGCUUGGAUGGAGGAGUGAGCCGGGCAAACGGCUGCAACAUCAACUGUCAAGAACUUUUCAAACCGGGUGUUGCCAUCUCAUGUGCCAAACGUGUCGUGAGGGACCCAAACGGCAUCCGGGCCUGGGUGGGCUGGGUGACACGCUGUAACAGAGAUCUGAGCCACUUCCUGGAUGGAUGUGGAGUCUAG